AUGGCGCCACCGCCCGAGAUUGCGAUACCCUCAACGAGCGUUUCCGACGAGGGCUCGUCGAAGCCUUAUACUCUCUACAACGUUAGCCUCCGCCUACCGCUGCGCUCCUUCAUCGUCCAGAAGCGAUAUUCCGAGUUCGACGCCCUCCACAACGCUCUUGUCGAGCAGGUCGGCGCGCCGCCGCCACACCCCUUGCCCGGCAAGCAUUGGCUCAGGUCGACCAUCAACUCCCCGGACCUCACACGCGAGCGACAGCUCGGCCUCGAGACAUACCUCCGAGCAAUCGCAGAGUCGCCUGAUCGGAGAUGGCGAGACACUUCGGCCUGGAGAACGUUCUUGAAUCUGCCCAGUUCUAGCACGAGCAAUUCUACAGUGUCGGCGGCAGGUAUGGUUGGCACUGCCUCAGGGGUGGCGGAUCCGGGAGCUUGGCUUGAUGUUCACAGGGAAGUGAAGCAGUGUUUGCAUGAGGCGCGACAAUCCCUUUCGAGACGAGACGGCGCGGCCGACAGCGGCAACUUUUCGGCGGCGGCGGAGGCUGCGGCGGCGGCCAAGAGGGUGCUGGUGAAGGCGUCGGGCCUGGUCAACAACCUUUCCGACGGCCUUCGCAGGAUGCAAGAGUCGGGCAGGCUGGGCGAUGGUGAGAUACGGAGGAGGCGGGAUCUUGUCUCGGCGGCCAAGAUGGAGCGGGACGGCUUGGACAAGCUCGCCAGCAGCAUGCCAGGAGCGCCGGCGGCAACCAGUCGUGGCGGCAUGGGCCAUGUACAGGCUUCUUCUUCCAACAGGUCAAACCUCUUGGGAGGGCACAGGCCCGCGCCGACGGGCAGGGUGUUGGGCGCACCGCUACCCGAGACAGAUAGGACGAGGGAGCUCGACAACCAGGGCGUGCUGCUGCUGCAAAAGCGGGAGAUGGAGUCCCAGGACCAGGCGAUCGAUCAGCUCUCGGCGAUCAUACGGAGGCAGAAGGAAAUGGGCAUCCAGAUCAACGAGGAGGUGGAGCGACAGACGGAGCUGCUGGACUCGCUCGACGAGGAUGUCGAUCGGGUCGAGGGCAAAGUCAGGGUCGCCAACAGGCGUCUUAAGAAGAUGUGA